UGAGGCGGCCCCCAUAUAUUUUCUCCUCACCUCCUGCGUCCCCAGAGCAGAAGAGAAGGAUCUGGCCCACUCCUCCUGGCCUCCCUCCCGGGAUCUGGGAAAGGGGCAUCUCCUUGCAAGACUCGGGGGGGGGAUCUACUGUGCAUGCAGGAGGUCCCAGGUUCAAAGUCUCCCCUCCUCCCCGCGAACCGCCAGCUAAGGCUGGGAAACGGCCCUGCCUGCCUAAGGCCCUGCAGUGCUGCUGCCAGUCAGUGUUGGCAGUGCUGAGCUAGAUGGGCCAGUGGUCUCGCUCCCAAAGGCAGCUUGCUAUGUUCCUGUGCCUGCAACCCAGGAGAGCUGCCGCUGGUCAGCGCAGACAAGGCUGAGCAGGAUAGACCAACAGUGUUCCUUUGGCAUUCCCUUCCCUGAAAUAUUGGAAAGGUGCCAUCUCUGUUAUCUUUUUGGCGCCUACUGAAGACUUUCCUCUUUCAAGAAGCCUUUUAAGUAGAGACCUUAAUCUGUCAAUUUUAAUUUUUCUCACUUUCUCAUUUUUCCAACAGAAAGCAGGCUGUUAGUGUAGUGGCACCUACCCUCUGGAAUUCCCUCCCCUUAAAUAUUAGACAGGCACCAUCUCUGUUAUCUUUUUGGCGCCUGCUGAAGAUCUACCUCUUUCAGCAAGCCUUACUGAAGCUUUGAGACUUGAAGGGCACGGUGCAACACAUUCCCCGGACAUCUUUGUGUGGAAGGAAAUCCUGCAGGAGCAGGUUGUAGCUCAGUGGUCAAACAUCUGUUUUGCUGAUAGAAGGUCCCAGGUUCAGUCCUCAGUGGCAUCUCCAGUUUGGCACGAUGGUGGAUUCCCAGUAUGUUCUGCCCAACGAUAUUGGCAUUGCAACACUGGACUGCGCCGAAGCCUUCCAGCUCUUAUCGCCGGAAGAAAAGCUGUACGCUCACUACCUCUCGCGGGCCUGCUGGUACGGGGGCCUGGUGGUGCUACUGCAGACCUCCCCAGAGGCCCCUGCAAUCUAUGCCCUGAUCUCCCGGCUCUUCCGGGCCCAGGACCCUGCGCGGUUGGGCGAGCUGGCGCACUCGCUCGGCCUCUCGGACGAGGAGUAUCAGGCAUUUCUCGUUUAUGCUGCUGCCAUUUACGCCAACAUGGGCAACUACAAAUCCUUCGGUGACACCAAAUUUGUGCCCAAUCUUACCAAGGAGAAGCUGAAGCAGCUGGUGUGGGCGAGCCAGGCGUUCGUGGACCACCCAAAAGAGAUGGAGGCGCUGUGGGACCGCUGUGCAGGGCUCAUGUUCUCCCUAGAGCCUCGGCAAAGGCACUUGGGGCUCAGUGGGCAGGGUGUUUCCACCUACUUCUCUGCAAACUGCUCCGUGGAAGACGCGAAGCUGGCCCAGGAUUUUCUUGAUUCCCAGAACAUCAGUGCUUACAACACAAGGCUUUUUAAGACAGAGGCAGAUGGCAAAAUGAACUAUGAGGUUCGUCUGGCUUCCGUGCUUUCUGAUGAUUCCCAGCUUGACGACGACAUGACCGCCAAGGUGAAGUGCUUCCAGUUCGGCAGCUGCGUGUUCACUGUGACACGAGGCGAUUACGCCCCGCUUCUGGAGAGAGUCGUCGAGAACUUGCGGAAAGCUCAGGAACACGCAGCCAACCCCACGCAGGCAGAGAUGUUGGCCCACUACAUCACCAGUUUCACGCAGGGCUCCGUCACAGCCCACAAGGAGGGUUCCCGCUGCUGGAUUCGCGACAAGGGGCCCAUCGUGGAGAGCUAUAUUGGUUUCAUUGAAAGCUACCGAGAUCCCUACGGUUCCCGAGGGGAAUUUGAAGGCUUCGUGGCAGUUGUGAACAAGGCCAUGAGUGCGAAGUUUGCUCGGCUCGUGGCGGCGGCUGAGCUCCUGCUGGAGGAGCUGCCGUGGCCUCGUGCCUUCGAGAAAGACGCUUUCCUCAAGCCCGACUUCACCUCCCUUGAUGUGCUGACCUUUGCCGGGAGCGGGAUUCCCGCUGGCAUCAACAUCCCAAACUACGAUGACAUCCGGCAGACGGAUGGCUUCAAGAAUGUCUCAUUGGGGAAUGUGCUGGCCGUAGCGUACUCCACGCAGAAGGAGAAGCUGACGUUCCUUGCGGAAGAGGACAAGGACCUGUACAUCCAGUGGAAGGGGCCUUCCUUUGAGGUUCAAGUUGGUCUCCAUGAGCUCUUGGGUCAUGGCAGCGGGAAGCUCUUUGUCCAGGACGACUCGGGGGCCUUCAACUUUGACCAGGAGGCAGUGAUCAAUCCAGAGACGGGAGAACAUAUUCGAAGCUGGUACCGAGGAGGCGAGACUUGGGACAGCAAGUUUUCGAGUGUCGCGUCGAGUUAUGAGGAGUGUCGGGCAGAGUGUGUGGGGCUUUACCUCUGCCUCAACAAGGAGGUGUUGGGGAUCUUUGAAUUGGAAGGAGAAGCGGCCGAGGAUGUGAUCUACAUUAACUGGCUGAACAUGGUGCGGGCUGGGCUGCUGGCGCUGGAGUUCUACACCCCAGAGUCUGGAUCAUGGCGGCAGGCUCAUAUGCAGGCUCGCUUUGUCAUCUUGAGGGUUCUCCUGGAGGCUGGUGGGGGGUUGGUGUCACUGCGUCACACCACAGGGGCAGACGGGAAGCCUGAUGCGGUUGUGUCUCUGGACCGGAGCAAGAUCGCCGCAGUGGGGAAGCCCGCUUUGGAAUGCUUUCUGCGCAAGCUGCAGGUGCUGAAGUCUACAGCGGAUGUGGCAGGUGGGCGCGCACUCUACGAGGCGUACUCCGCGGUGACGGACAAAGAGCCCGAACGCUUCCUCAGCCUCCGCCACACUGUCCUACUGCGCAAGGAAGCACGCAAGUUGUUUGUGCAAGCCAACACCCAUGUAGAAGGAGAUGACGUCAUAUUGGUGCAGUAUGAAGGCAGUGCGGCUGGUCUGGUCAAAUCCUUCCGCGAGCGCUUCCCUGAUGAUGCCGAAGUCCUGGAGCAGCAUCUGCUGGCGUUGGCACGUGCCGAUGCCCGCUUCUGGGCACCCUGAGCCCUUGAGCUACGUAGGCUCCGGCUUCCCCGCACUAAGCCCCCUUGGCCUGCCAUCCAGGCACAUCGGGUCCUUUUUUGUACCCCACACCCUCCUGUAUCGGAAACGGGGAGUACAAAUGUAUGAGAAAACAGUUAGCCAUCACUUUUCUCUGGGUGCUCCUGCCCUCCUGUUGUUGCACUAGGGAUUCAAUAAACCUAGAUUUUAUAAA